UAUAGGCAUAUCCCAGUUCUGGGCCUUCUGGCGGAGGGAAUAGAAAUGCAAAUGCAGGAGAGAGAUGCAAGGUCUUCAUCACCAACAGCAUCAGUUAGCAGCUCUCCUCUCUGUUGUUCUCCCCAAAGACGACUCCUCAUCUUCCACCUCCGAAGAAGACGACUCAGCCCGACUUGCCGCUCUUACCUCUCUCCACCGUGCGAUUCUUUACCCUCCCAACUCGUUACUUGUUGCUCACUCUGCCUCUUUCCUCUCUCAGGGCUUCUCUCAGCUUCUUUCGGACAAGUCAUACUCGGUGAGCCGGUCAGCGGCUAUUGCCUAUGGAGCUCUGUGUUCUGUGGUAUCUUCCAGCCAUCUUGCAUCUAAUGGGAGACAAAACCAUGUUAUAGCGGGUAAUUUGGUGGACCGGUUCAUUAGUUUGGCUUUGCCACUACUUAGGGAUGUCAGUGCUGGCGACGGGUCGGUGGAAUUGUCAAUUGAAGCCCUCCGUGAAUUUCUUACCAUUGGAGAUGCAGGAGGAAUUGAACGAUAUGUUCCACCUAUUCUCAAAGCAUGCCAAGAACUUCUUGAGGAUGAAAGAACCUCCUUGAACCUGCUUCAUCGGCUGCUGGGCCUUUUAACUCUUAUCUCCUUGAAGUUCAGUAGGUGCUUUCAGCCUCAUUUUGUUGACAUUGUCGACCUGCUUCUUGGAUGGGCAUUGGUGCCAGAUCUUUCAGAACCAGACAGAUGCAUUAUAAUGGAUAGUUUUUUACAGUUCCAGAAGCAUUGGUUGAGUAAUCUUCAGUUUUCUCUGGGGAUUUUGUCAAAGUUCUUGGGUGACAUGGAUGCUCUACUUCAGGAUGGAAGUCCUGGAACCCCCCAGCAGUUUCGGAGAUUGUUUGCACUAUUAUCUUGUUUUUCAACAAUUCUACGGGCCACAGCUUCUGGAAUGUUAGAAAUGAAUUUGCUUGAACAGAUCUAUGAACCACUCACCAGGAUGUUACCUCAACUGUUGACUUGCCUAUCUAUCGUUGGCAGGAAAUUUGGGUGGUCAAAAUGGAUGGGAGAAUCAUGGAGGUGCUUGACUCUGUUGGCUGAAAUCUUGUCUGAAAAAUUUUGCAACUUUUAUACUUCUGCUUUGGAUAUCUUGUUUGAAAGUUUGAGGGAGAGUUGUGCAACCCAACCAGCAGCGUCUGGCAAGUUUCCAUCCUUUCAGGUUCAUGGGGUGCUAAAAACUAAUCUUCAGUUGCUGUCCCUACAGAAGCUAGGUCUCCUUCCAUCAUCUGUUCAGAAAAUACUGCAAUUUGAUUUACCUAUAUCUCAGCUCCGUUUGCAUCCGAAUCACCUUGUUACAGGAAGUUCUGCUGCCACUUAUCUUUUCUUGCUGCAUCAUGGGAGUAAUGCAGUUGUUGAACAGGCAAUUGCCUCUUUGCUGGAGGAGAUAGAGCUAUUAAAGGGCAUGCUUGAAAAGAUAUGGGAUUGUAGAGAUGCAACUGGUACCAUGUUAGAUUGUACAUCCUAUUCAAAAUCUGAGUUAUUUGCUCUGAUUAAAUUUGAUGUAAAGGUGUUAUUGAACUGUUUCCCAUUGGGUGUUGGAAGUUUGCUUGGCGAGCCAGAAGUUGCUACUUCCUACAAUGAGAGGUCUGUGAAAUUGGCAUCUUUUAUUUUGGAAAAGCUGGGCCCUUUUGACUUCCCUGUUCAAGAGUGUGUGGAGUUACAAGUCAAUGUUGUAAGAGCGUUGGAAAAACUCAGUGAAGUUGAAUUCUUAAGCAAAUGUAGCAUGCAGAAAAAUACUAGCAAGACAGCCCCCAUUAAUGUUAUGGCUGAAAAGCCUUCGUUUUGGAGCAAUUUCGGAAAUGAACAUUCUACUGUGAUAGCUGAGUACUUGAGGAAGUACAGUAUGAUCCUUGUCAAAACUCUUAAUGUUUCUUCUCCUCUUGCUGUUAAGCUGGAAGCUCUAGAAUGGGUCCAUAACUUUUGUGAAGUUGUUAUGACUGUAAAUGAAGAUUUGAGUUCAACUUAUUUUAAUGAAGCAGAUGGAUUUGCUGUUAUUGAUAAUAGUUUAAUUUUUGCAAUUUUAGAUGCGGCAUCCGAUAGGGAGCUGAAAUUGAGAUCACAAGUUGCAUCUGUCUUGGAAUCUCUUCUACAAGCAAGGCUUAUUUAUCCUGGACAUUUCUACUCUAUUACAGAAGUUGUCCUUGAAAAACUUGGUGAUCCAGAUAUGACUACUAAAAAUGCUUUUUUGAGGAUAUUUUCCAUUUUCUUGCCUGUUGCAAUGUAUGUGGAUGGACUAUUUGAUAAUGAAAUAGGUAGCACAUGUAAGCCUGGGGUCCUUAGGUUGGGCAACAGAUCAUACUUGCACUGGAAACAAGUAUUUGCACUCAAACAGCUUCCCCAACGCCUUCAUUCUCAGCAACUUGUCUCCAUUUUGAGUUAUAUCUCUCAGAGAUGGAAGGUUCCCCUUUCUUCUUGGAUCCAGCGCCUCUUCUAUAGCUGCUAUGGUACAAAAGGAUUUAUUUCAAGUCAAUUAGAGGAGUCGGGAAACAUUUGUAACAGUGGCUUAUGGAUAGACAUAAAAGUAGACAGAAAUAUGCUGGAAAGAAUUUGCUCCGUAAAUAACCUGGCAGCUGCAUGGUGGUCCAUAAAUGAAGCAGCUAGAUACUGUAUAUCUGUCCGCUUGCGGACCAACCUUGGUGGGCCAACCCAGACUUUUGCAGCCUUGGAGCGCAUGCUUCUAGAUGUAGCACAUGUGCUACAGUUAGAUACUGAGCCAAAUGAUAGUAACUUGAAUACAGGUCUACCUAUUACUCACUUGUUACCAAUGAGGUUGUUGUUAGAUUUUGUUGAGGCUCUAAAGAAGAAUGUAUAUAAUGCCUAUGAUGGAUCGUCUGUUUUACCAUGUGCUACCCGGCAGAGUUCCUUGUUCUUUCGGGCAAACAAGAAGGUUUGUGAGGAGUGGUUUUCCCGUAUAUGUGAGCCAAUGAUGAAUGCUGGCUUGGCAUUGCAGUGUCAUUCUGCUUCAAUUCAUUACUGUUCAUUGCGCUUGCAAGACCUAAGGAAUAUUGUUGCUUCAGCUUUGAAGGACAAAUCUCGUGCAGCUGAGAAUGUUCAUAGUCUUAGAGGUAGACUUGCAGGAGAUGUCUUGAGAGUCCUACGACAUGCAGCCUUGGCUCUAUGCAGGAGUCAUGAACCUGAGGCUUUGAUUGGCCUACAAAAGUGGGUUUCUGUUACAUUCUCUUCAUUGUUUGUGGAGGAUAAUCAGAAUGCUCACACAGGAAUUGUGGGGCCAUUUUCAUGGAUCACUGGGCUUGUAUAUCAGGCACAUGGCCAGUAUGAAAGGGCUGCUGCACAUUUUACUCACCUCCUUCAGACUGAAGAGACACUUAGUUCUAUGGGUUCUGACGGUGUGCAAUUUGCUAUUGCUCGUAUUAUUGAGAGUUACACUGCUCUUUCUGAUUGGAAGUCUCUAGAGUGCUGGCUAUCAGAAUUGCAGGUGCUUCGUGCUAAAAAUACUGGAAAAAGUUAUUCAGGUGCUCUAACUACAGCUGGUAAUGAGAUAAAUGCAGUCCAUGCCUUGUCUAGCUUUGAUGAGGGGGAUUUUCAGGCAGCAUGGGCAUAUCUUGAUUUGACACCCAAAAGUAGCAAUGAGCUCACCCUUGAUCCUAAAUUGGCCUUGCUGAGGAGUGAGCAGAUGCUUUUGCAGGCCAUGCUUCUUCAAAGUGAAGGGAAGGUAGAUCAGGUACCACAGGAAAUAGAAAAAGCCAAGUCAAUGCUGGAGGAAUCCUUGUCUGUUCUCCCCCUUGAUGGAUUAACUGAGGCAGCAGCAUAUGCCUUCCAAUUGCACAGUAUUUUUGCAUUUCAGGAAGGGUUCAAACUGAAGAGUAGCCAAGUUGAACCCAAGCAACUUAAAUCAAUUUUAAGUUCAUACAACCAAGUUGUGCAUUCUCCCAUCAAUGGUUCUAAUCAAGAUUGUAGCCUCUGGUUGAAGGUUUUUCGGGUUUAUCGUACUGUUCUCCCAAGCUCCAAAAUGACACUGCAGCUCUGCCAUAAUAUAAUGACUUUAGCUCGUAAACAAGGUAAUUUAAUGUUGGCACACCGUCUAAGCCAGUACCUCAAAGGUUGUAUCUUGAGUUGUUCUGAGGGAAUGUAUCGUGAUUUUCUUGCUACAUAUUUGCAAUACGAGGGUAUUCUUCUGAUGCAUGCUGAAAACAAACUUGAAGAGGCUUUUAUGAAUCUUUGGUCAUUUGUGCGCCCUUGUAUGCUUUCUCCAAUGACUAUAGUUUCUGAUAGUGUUGACAAUAAAUUGAAGGCAAAGGCAUGCUUGAAACUCUCAGCUUGGUUAAGAGGGAAUUAUUCAGGUAUGGAUUUAGAAAAUGUUGCCCUAAAUAUUCAUGCAGAUUUCAAUACAUCUGAUGCUUCUUGUCCAGGCAGAGGUGGGCCCCUCUUUUGUAAUGGAAACUUGAUCUGCAAUCCUGGUAUCAGUUUGAUUAUUGAGGAGAUUGUGGGGACAGCAUCAAAACUAUCUUCUCUUCUUUGUCCCAACAUGGGUAAGGCAUGGCUUUCUUAUGCCUCUUGGUGUUACAGUCAGGCUAGAAACUCCCUUUCCAAACCCCAAGAUGCUACUCUUCAGUUGUGCUCUUUUUCUCCCGUUCUUUUUCCAGAAAUUCUACCUAAUAGGUUCCAAUUAACUAAAGAAGAAGUAUUGACAGUGGAAAGUACUAUCAUAGAACUUCUGGAGAAAAGGGAAGAUGCAAACAAAGAAGGGGGAGAGUGGAUUAUAUGUCCCAAUUCUGGAGAGGAUUUAAGAAAUGAGAACCCUGUAAAGGCUUUGGUUCAUCAAGCAAUAAAUAUGAUUGAGGCUGCAGCUGGAGCACCUGGAGUUGAAAAUUUGGAUGGUGAAUGCCCUUCUGCUGUGCUAACUUCUCAGUUGCGGGUGCUCUUCCUUCAUGCAAAAUUUGGCGUAGAGGAAGCCAACAUUCUAUCUUCUGUUAAUGAAUUAGUAGCUGUCUGGUGGUCACUUAGGCAGAGGAGAGUGUCACUCUUUGGACAUGCAGCUCAUGGUUUUAUGCAAUACCUUUCACAUUCAUCCUCCUUACUUUUUGAAGGUCACCUAGCUGGCUCUGAUCCUGAUUUUCUAAAGCAGAAAACUAGAAGCUACACUAUCCAUGCUACAUUGUACGUCCUACACAUUCUUCUCAAUUAUGGUGUGGAGUUAAGAGAUACACUUGAACCUGGUCUUUCAAGAGUUCCUUUAUUGCCAUGGCAGGAAAUAACACCCCAACUUUUUGCCCGGUUAAGUUCUCAUCCUGAGCAAGUGGUUCGAAAGCAACUGGAGGGCUUGCUGAUGAUGUUGGCAAAGCUAUCUCCUUGGUCCAUUGUGUACCCUACACUUGUUGAUAUAAAUGCAUAUGAAGGGGAGCCUUUGGAGGAACUUCAGCACAUACUGGGAUGUCUGACGAAGCUUUACCCAAAAUUAAUUCAAGAUGUCCACCUUAUAAUAAAUGAGUUGGGGAAUGUAACUGUUUUGUGGGAGGAAUUGUGGCUUAGCACUCUUCAAGAUCUUCACACAGAUGUAAUGAGGCGGAUAAAUAUGCUAAAAGAGGAAGCUUCACGGAUUUCACAAAAUGCCACUCUAAGUCAUAGUGAGAAGAACAAGAUAAAUGCUGCAAAAUACUCUGCCAUGAUGGCCCCCAUUGUUGUGGCCUUGGAGCGUCGUCUGGCUUCAACUUCUCGAAAACCUGAAACACCACAUGAAAUCUGGUUCCAUAAGGAGUAUGGGGAACAACUGAAAUCUGCAAUUUUAACAUUUAAGACCCCUCCAGUAUCUGCAGCAUCUCUUGGUGAUGUAUGGCGACCUUUUGAUGCUAUUGCAGCAUCUUUAGCAACUUAUCAGAGGAAAUCAUCAAUUUCUUUGGGUGAUGUUGCUCCACGGCUGGCUCUAUUAUCAUCUUCUGAGGCACCCAUGCCAGGCCUUGAGAAGCAAAUUACUAUGCCUGAAUCUGAUGGUGGUUUUGCCACUGAUCUCCAGAGAAUUGUAACAAUUGCUUCUUUCUCAGAACAAGUGAUUAUUUUAUCUACCAAGACAAAACCUAAGAGGCUUGUGAUUCUGGGCUCUGAUGGUCAAAAGUAUACAUAUCUCUUGAAAGGACGAGAGGAUCUGCGACUUGAUGCCAGAAUUAUGCAGCUGUUGCAGGCAAUUAAUGGUUUUUUGCAUUCAUCCCCUGAUACUCGUAGCCGUUCUCUUGCUAUUCGUUAUUAUUCUGUGACACCAAUCAGUGGUCGGGCUGGUCUUAUCCAGUGGGUUGACAAUGUAAUAAGCAUAUAUAGUGUUUUCAAGUCUUGGCAGAACCGUGUCCAGCUGGCACAACUCUCAGCAAUGGGUCCUGGCAAUACAAAUAACACAGUUCCACCACCUGUUCCUCGGCCAAGCGAUAUGUUUUAUGGAAAAAUUAUACCAGCACUCAAAGAGAAAGGUAUACGGAGAGUAAUCUCACGGAGAGACUGGCCCCAUGAAGUCAAGAGGAAAGUUCUUCUGGAUCUAAUGAAGGAGACUCCUAGACAACUUCUUCAUCAAGAACUUUGGUGUGCUAGUGAAGGAUUCAAAGCCUUCAGCUCGAAACUAAAGAGGUAUUCUGCUAGUGUGGCAGCCAUGAGCAUGGUAGGCCACAUUCUGGGUCUAGGGGAUAGGCAUCUGGAUAAUAUUCUCAUGGAUUUCUCCAGUGGGGAUGUUGUACAUAUAGAUUACAAUGUAUGUUUUGAUAAAGGGCAGAGACUAAAAAUUCCAGAGAUUGUCCCCUUCCGCCUGACCCAGAUGAUUGAAGCAGCUUUAGGCUUGACAGGAAUUGAAGGUAACUUCAGAGCCAACUGUGAAGCAGUUAUUGAUAUUCUGAGGAAGAACAAAGAUGUAAUUAUAAUGUUAUUAGAAGUAUUUGUUUGGGAUCCACUAGUAGAGUGGACACGUGGAGAUGGCCAUGAUGAAGCCGCAAUUGGUGGUGAAGAAAGAAAGGGCAUGGAAUUGGCGGUUAGCUUGAGUUUAUUUGCAUCCCGAGUGCAAGAAAUUCGUGUUGCUUUACAGGAGCAUCAUGAUCUUUUACUGGCCACCUUACCAGCUGCUGAGUCUGCUUUAGAGAGGUUCAUGGAUGUCCUAAACCAAUAUGAGGUUGUUUCUGCCCUUUUCUACCGAGCUGACCAAGAGAGAUCAAACCUUGCUCUGCAUGAAACAUCUGCGAAGUCAAUUGUUGCUGAAGCAACUUCUAAUUCAGAGAAAACACGCGCCUCAUUCGAAAUACAGGCUCAUGAAUUUGCUCAAGCAAAAGCUGUGGCGACUGAGAAAACACAAGAAGUGGCAAUGUGGAUGGAGCAACAUGGAAGAGUUCUUGAUGCUUUAAGGAGUGGUUCAAUUCCAGAAAUCCAGGCAUGCAUGAAACUGGGGAGCAUGCAAGAGGCUUUAUCACUGAUAUCUGCUGUUCUGGUUGCUGGUGUUCCAUUGACUAUUGUUCCUGAGCCCACACAAGCACAAUGCCAUGAUUUAGACAGGGAUGUUUCUCAGCUCAUAGCUGAGCUGGAUGCUGGACUUUCUUGUGCAAUAAAAGCACUCCAGGCCUAUGCUUUAGCAUUGCAAAGGAUUCUACCACUGAAUUACAUUUCAACCAGUCCACUACAUGGUUGGGCACAAAUCUUGCAAUUGUCAGUGAAUACCCUAUCUUCUGAUAUUCUCUCUCUUUCCAGAAGACAGGCUGCUGAUCUUAUUUCAAAAGGUCAAAGGGAUGAUCUUGAUUCUAUUCAACAAAGACAUGAAGAGUUGUGUCAUAAAGUGGAGAAAUAUGCAGUGGAGAUAGAGAAAAUUGAAGAAGAGUGUUCUGAACUGGUAAACUCCAUUGGUUCAGAGACUGAAGCAAAAUCCAAGGAUCGUCUUCUAUCUGCUUUCACAAAGUACAUGCAAUCUGCUGGUUGUUCAAGGAAAGAAGAUGAUGCAUCUUUUAUUCAAAUGGGGCAAAUUAAGCAUGAGGUGGCAAGGGAUGUCCGAUUACAAGGAGAGCUCGAAGAGAAGAAGGUGAAGGUGUUGUCAGUUUUGCAUGCAGCAGCUUGUUCCAUGUAUAAUGAGGUAAAAGUUAAAGUACUCGACAUCUUGAGUAACUCCAGUGAAGGAAUGGGCUCGAGCCAUACUGAAGUUGGUCUUCCCUCUAAUUUUGGAACCACUUUCUCGGAAUUUGAAGAGCAAAUAGAAAAAUGCAUGCUUGUUGCAGAGUUUGUUAAUGAACUUUGUCAGUAUAUUGGCAUGAAUUCAUCUAAUGUUCUUGCAGAUUUGGACAAUCUAAAACACUCUUCUGAAGGAACUUGGGCUUCUAUAUUUCAGGCCAGUUUACUUUCAUCUAAGAUAUUGAUUGUGCAAAUGACUGAAAUUGUUCUUCCAGAGAUAAUUAGGUCAGUUGUUUCAUAUAAUUCAGAAGUAAUGGAUGCAUUUGGAUCCCUUUCACAAAUCCGUGGAUCCAUCGAUACAGCACUGGAACAGUUAGUUGAGAUUGAGCUGGAGAGGGCGUCUUUAGUGGAGCUUGAACAGAACUACUUUGUGAAGGUUGGCCUCAUUACAGAACAACAACUGGCUCUCGAGGAAGCUGCGGUUAAGGGUAGAGAUCACCUUUCAUGGGAAGAGGCAGAGGAGCUUGCAUCUGAAGAAGAAGCUUGUAGGGCACAACUGGACCAACUACAUCAAACAUGGAAUCAGAAGGACAUCCGGACUUCUUCUCUUCUAAAGAGGGAAGCUGGUAUUAGAAGUGCAUUGGUUUCUUCAGAACACCACCUUCUUUCUCUGGUUAAUAUUGAGCAAGGGAGGGACCCACAUGUUUUGAGGAGUAAAGCCCUUCUGGCUACAUUAAUGAAACCCUUCUCUGAGUUGGAAUCUAUUGAUAAAGUGCUGGCUACAUUUGGUAGAUAUUCAACCUACUCAAAUGGGUCUUCUAAUCUAGCAAAUUUAAUGAAUUCUGGAUACUCUAUAUCAGAAUCUAUUUGGAAGUUUUCCAGCUUACUAAACAAUCAUUCAUUCUUUAUUUGGAAAAUUGGAAUGAUGGACUCCUUUCUUGAUUCAUGCGUACAUGACAUAUCUUCUUCUGUGGAUCAAAAUUUAGGAUUUGAUCAGCUUUUCAAUGUGUUGAAGAAGAAGCUCGAAAUACAGCUUCAAGAACACAUAGGCCAUUACUUGAGAGAACGAAUUGCUCCUGCUCUUUUGGCUCAGUUAGAGAAAGAAUGUGAGCAUUUGAAGCAACAUUCUGAGGCAACAAAGGAACUUAAUUCUGAUCAAGUAAAGAGAGAAAUUGGUGCUGUGAAGAGGGUGCAGGUCAUGCUUGAGGAAUACUGUAAUGCACAUGAGACUGCUAGGGCUGCAAGAUCAGCAGUGUCCCUUAUGAAAAAGCAGGUGACUGAGCUCAAGGAAGCUAUUCGCAAGGCAAGCCUAGAGAUUGUUCAGAUGGAGUGGCUCUAUGAUGCUUCCUUACCCUAUCUGCAUAGAAACAGGGUCAAAUUGCAGAAUUUUCUUGUAUAUGAUGAUAAACUAUACCCCAUGAUUUUGAACCUUAGCAGACCUAAAUUGUUGGAAAGUAUACAAUCCGCUAUGUCAUCAAUAGCUAGGUCUAUGGAUUGCCUGCAAGUUUGUGAGAGAACCUCUGUGUCAGCAGAGGGGCAGCUUGAAAGAGCCAUGGGGUGGGCCUGUGCUGGUCCAAAUCCUGGGACUGGAAACACAUCAUCCAAGAACUCAGGAAUUCCUCCUGAAUUCCGUGAUCAUCUAAUGAGACGCCGACAGUUGCUAUGGGCUGCUCGAGAACAAGCAUCAGAUAUUAUCAAAAUCUGUUCAUCUGUAUUGGAAUUUGAAGCAUCUAGAGAUGGUAUUUUCCAGAUGUCUGGGGAGAUAUCCUCAGGUAGGGCCACUGGAGAUGGCAGAACAUGGCACCAAGUAUAUAUGACUUCUCUAACAAGAUUGGAUGUUGCUUAUCAUUCUUUUACACGUGCUGAGCAAGAAUGGAAGAUGGCACAGAGCAGCAUGGAAGCUGCUGCCAGUAGCUUGUUUUCUGCCACCAAUGAACUCUGUAUUGCCUCUGUCAAAGCAAAGUCAGCUUCAGGUGAUCUUCAAGGGAUACUUGCAGCAAUGUAUGAUUGUGCCUACGAAGCUAGCAUGGCACUGUCUGCUUUCGGUCGUGUCACAAGAGGCCAUACUGCUUUGACUUCUGAAUGUGGCUCCAUGCUUGAAGAGGUUCUGGCAAUAACAGAGGGUUUACAUGAUGUUCAUGGUCUGGGAAAGGAAGCUGCUGCAGUACAUAGUGAUCUUAUGGGAGAUCUUUUAAAGGCAAAUACAAUCCUUCUCCCACUUGAAUCUAUCCUAUCUAAGGAUGUCGCUGCUAUGAAUGAUGCUAUUUCUAGGGAAAGAGAAAGCAAGAUGGAGAUCCCCCCUAUUCAUGGACAAGCAAUGUACCAGUCAUACUGUUUGAGACUUCGGGAGGGUUGUCAGUCUUUAAAGCCAUUAGUGCCAUCACUUACUUUUUCUGUAAAGGAACUUCAUUCCAUGUUGACGAAGCUUGCACGAUCUGCAAGUCUCCAUGCUGGAAAUCUCCAUAAGGCACUAGAAGGAUUAGGAGAAAGUCAGGCUGUGAGAUCACAAGAAAUUGGGUUGUCGAGGUCAGACCUUACAAGUGAGGCUGCUGUAUUUGAUGACAAGGAGGGGGAUAUAUUCUCCAGAGCUAAUGAAAGCAGCAACCCGGAGUUUCUGGAUGUUGGUGGAUUUUCAUUGCAAAAUGAUGGAUGGGUUUCUCCUCCUGAUAGUAUCUAUAGUGAAAGUCCCAAUUCUAGCAUUGCAUCACCUGAAUCAAGUCUUCCUGACAGCUCUAAUGAUCUGAGAAAUGUUAUGGAACUGUCUUCACAUGGAUUCAGCAGUAGAGAAACUGCAGAUGAUUUGAAUGCUGUUUCCUUAUCUGGUACUGGUUAUCAGGAAAGGUCAAUUUUUGUGCAGCUAGAAUCCAAGUAUGAUGAAGUCAGGAAUGUUGGUAAAUCUGUCAAUUUGAUACCUAAUGAAUCAACUGAACAUCUGCGGGAUUUGGCACCAUCAACUGAUGAAGUUCCACCUGACAUUGACUCUUUACAUCCAUUGGACAAGGAAAAGUCAGAGGAGGUGACUUUGGGAGAUAAAGGUGAAGAAUCCACAUCAAACCAGAUCAAGGGUUCUGGGAAUCAUGAAGCUCCUCUUCUCCAUACAGAUGGUGGUAUUCGGAUGACAAGGGGUAAGAACACUUAUGCCCUAUCUGUGUUGAGGCAAGUUGACAUGAAACUAGAUGGUCAAGAUAUUAGAGAUGGCAGGGAAAUUAGUAUUGCAGAGCAAGUGGUUUAUCUUCUCAAGCAAGCUACCAGCAUAGAUAAUCUAUGCAACAUGUAUGAAGGGUGGACACCAUGGAUUUGAACCAUUACUUGAAGCUUGUGAAUUUCAAAUCAGGCAUCAACCUUGGCAAUGACUUGGUGCCAUAUCUGAGGGAGAGAACACCAUAGCGCUAUCAGCUAUGCUUCCCUAGUUGACAAGAGUUUCCCAUCUAGCAUCAUCAUGAUUCAAGUCUCCCACACUUUUAAAUUGCACAGUUUCAUGUCUCCACAUUCCUAGUCCUGGUGCUUGCCUCUAUAUUCCUAGUCCUCCCAUGCAAGUAUCAGUUGGAUGAAAUUGUGCAAAGGAACCCCGCUUCCUCUUCAAUAGGUGCCUGAUGGAUGGCGGUGUUACAUGCUCUGACCAGCCUAAGUCUUCUUCUCAAAUGAUUUCAGGCCUUGGGAAGAUUGAAUGGGCUCCAUCAGGAUCUGGGUAUGCAUUUGGUGUCAAUGAAGACAAUGAUCAACAGCCCACAAGGUCCUUUAUCAAAAGGCUUCUUCCUGUGUUAAUUGGAUAAUCACUAGAUUGGUGCCACAACUUCUCAGGGUAUGAAGCUUUAGUCUUAAGCCCGUACCUACAUGGAAGGAAACUGGGAGUGCUCAAAUGUUGGGUUCGAGAUGCCUUGUUCCAAAUUAGGCUUGGAAAAGGAAACAAAGAACUGCUGGUUGAAUUUAUAAGCUUGAUAAAGGACCAUGUUUUCUGGAAGGCAAAUGGAACUGCUGAUAAGCUUGGUGAUGAACUGAAUGAUAAUCUAGUGUCGAUGACCUGCUGUAUGUGAUUUAGGUGUUUUCCAUCACACUGUACAGGAAGCACCAUUCCCGACUCAUGUUUCUCUCAUCCUAAAUAGUUAAAUUGUAAGUCUCAAUUCUUAAGCACCGUCUCUGUUCAUCCUUUUGUUUUCGUCUUACGGUCAUUUGGAAUUAGAAUUACAUGCCUGUUAAAAUUUUUUAUAUAGCUAGUAAAAAUUCAUGUGCAAUUUUUUUUUUUUUUUGUUGUAUAAUUUGUAUUUGGAUGUGCAAUGUUUUUACUACAUAGGGGGUUACAUCUUA